GCAUUUUAUUCUAAACACAGCGCGGUCACACUUGAUCUACUUGUAAAUUAAAAAACGUAAAACGUAAAAACAUCUUUUGUCUGUGAUCAAAAUUAGCCUAGUUAAAGCAGAACCCAACUAGUACAAAGAUGAGCAGCCAGCGCGGCAAUGUGAGCCGCACACGUGCCCAGAAACACAAAAAUCGCUUCGUCUUCAAGAACGAUCUGCACGACAAGACGCCCCAACAGAUCCGUCUCAAUGCCAUGCACGUGUCCACCGUGUGCCAGCGUUGCAAGGAGCAAAUCGAAUGGAAGAUCAAGUACAAAAAGUACAAGCCACUGACCCAGGCCAAGACCUGUGCCCACUGCCAUCAGCGUACGGUGCGCAAGGCUUACCAUGUCAUCUGCAAGGAUUGUGCCGUCAAGGCCAAGUGCUGUGCCAAGUGCCUCAAGUCCGCCGACGAGGUGUCCAUUGAGGCUCCCGGGCCAACGCCACGCGAGGAGCAGCAACUUCAGGUGGAAAUGGAUCGCCUGAUCAAGUCUUUUUCGGAGCGCAAGCGUCGCGCCUUUCUGCGCUACAUGCAAAAGGGCAAGAAGCAGGAGCAGGUGGAUGAGCAGGAGCUGGAGGCCCAGGAGAAGGCCAAGCGGGUGGCACACACGCGCGAUGAGCUGCUGGACAAGAUUAAGCAGCUGAAUUUGGCCGAGGAGGAUGACGAGGAGUUUGACGAUGAGGAGGAGGAGGAUGAUGAUGACUCGGAGUUUGAUUCCGAGGCGGAAGAGGAGGAGGAGGAUGAUGAGAGUGAAGAGGAGGAGCAGCAAAAGCCCACUAAGGCCAAAUAAACGUUUAAAGCUGAAA